GUAGCUUAGCUUGUAAGAGGCUUGUUUGCAGCAUUGGUGGGCGUGGUCUGAAGACUGUAUAAUUAUCUGACAUUGCAUGUAAUGGUGGUACAUGGUAUGAUCUACUUUACCUGAAGCACACAGAGAAUUUAACCAGAUUAUGGCUCAGCAGUCACUCACUAUAUGGGAGAAGUCUACUGAAAGGAGCUACGCAAAGAAGUAUCUUCAUGGAAACUUCAAAUCAGGUCACAGGACACCUAAUGAGCACUACCUGGGUCGAGCUGGACUGAGAGGUAGGAAGAGGUGGAUCUGUCUGGGUCUCUUUGUGGUCCUCUACCUCUUGGCUGCAGCUCACUUAGUGCUGACGUGUGUUAUUCUCGGAGUGCUACGGUUUGACUUUGAAGGUUCUCCAUACCUGGAUUUCCAAGACGAUGGCUCCCUCACCUGGCCACAGGGUGCUAGUCUCUCUACUGUAAGACUUGCCACCCCUAGCUCCAUACGAGCACACACUAAUCAGUCCCUCACAAUAUCAGGACAACAAGACGAUAAGGUUGCUUUCCAAACUUCUGGUAUGGAACGCCUUUCAUUGGACAGUUCUUCUGUAAAUAUAUCGACUGAUUUACUACAAGUGUACACUUCUCGUGGAGAUUCUAACAGGCAGUUGCAGCUGUCAGUAACCAACUCCCGUGUUGAAAUGAAGGAUCUUCUCAGAGCAAACAGUCUCAAAGCCACCAAACUGAGCACACACACAGUGAGCAAUGUGAGCGAGGUUAGAGCGAGUGGUCAGCUACUGUUGAGUGGAGCAGUGGGAGUAAACUUACAGGGGAGGCAGAUAGACAUCAGUGCAAAUGGAGGCAUCAUGAUCUCUUCACAGGAGGCCAUUACCAUUGCAGCAGAACAAGUGCUGCUGUCUAACCUACCUGGCUUGAAUGCACCACCAGCAGCAGCAGCUACACAGCAUCAUCUCUGCUCAUGUGAUAAUGGGAGAUUGUUCUUGGUUGAGACUAACCCUCAACGUUGUGCAUCAGCCGAUAACUCUAUAUGUACUUGACAGUCAGCUAUAUACAUGUAGUGUUUAAGUUAAUGCAUAAGCACUUUAUGUUUGG